GCUGCCCCCGAGAAAGCGCUGUCGUUUCAUUAUCUCGCCAUUCUUCAGGGGAACAGAUCUGAUUUCCGUUGCCGCUGAACGUUCACGAGCUUGGCAUCUAAUAUAGCUUUUAUCGAAGCUACCUAUCUUUCUAUCAAUGGGCAGAGCGCUCUUGUUCCUAUUGUAGGGCUAAGCGCCUAACUUCCUGAUUGCUUUGUGACGGUGCACAGGUUAUAGUUCAGUCCAGCUACCAGACAGGUAUACAUAACAACUGUUGGGAAAGAUCGAAAUAGCUACAAAGUGUUGGUGUAACCAAACCACUGACUAGUUUGGCGCUGUGGCAGAUGGUCAAGCAACACUAUGGUAAUGACCUGGGCCUGAGUCAUGAAGAGAUGGAAAGUCUACAGACAUCAGCCGAAUCAACCACGCAGACACACACCAGCCUGACCAUGAUGCCUGGUGGAGAGGACUCUGGGAGGCUGGAGAGGCCAUCUACUCUGCGCCUCCAGCCAGGGGAUCGGGGCUCCUUUGAGCUCACCACGCCCCAGGGAGAGGACCUACCCUCACCCCUCAGACAGAGCUCUGUCAACUCAGGGAACACAGAUGAUGCUUGCAGCACCUCGUCUCGGCACACUCCUGACCCGUCCCUGGACCGCUCUGCCCCGGAGCGGGUCUCCAAGCGCUCUGAGCUCUCUCUGGACCUCAACUCUAAGUUGGACCGCUUCUCUGAACAGAGCGGCUCGGAGAGUGCAGAGGAAGAGGAGAGGGGGUGUGUGUCCCAGCAGCAUGGCAGGCUCUAUGUGAACAGGGUCUUCAACAUCAGUGCAGAAAAUAUGUUUGAGCUGCUCUUUACCGAAUCCCACUUCAUACGAAGAUUCAUGAACGCCAGGAAGAUCACCAAUGCCAUCCUCGCCCCGUGGCAGAGUGACGCGUCAGGCUCCAUGAAGAGGAGUCUCAACUACACCAUCACCAUCACAAACCCUCUGGUGGGCAAGUUCUCCACCGCCACAGAGAACCAGAUCCUGUACAAGGAGUCCAGGGAAGGUCAGUAUUACCUCGUCGACUCUGAGGUCUACACACACGACGUUCCGUACCAUGACUACUUCUACACUCAGAACCGCUACUGUAUCAUCCGCCAUUCCAAACGCAAAUGUCGACUCAGGGUGUACACUGAUGUGAAGUAUAAGAAGCAGCCGUGGGGGCUGGUCAAGUCCUUCAUCACCAAGAACUCUUGGAGUGGCCUGGAAGACUACUUCAGACACCUGGAAUCGGAGCUGAUGGAAGAGGAGGUGGAGCUGAACCAGGGAGGCGGAGACCCCGGUAAGAUGAUGGGCGGGUUGCGUCAUUGGCGGAGGAGGACGUUCAGUCGGACACUACAUGAUCACCUGAAGCCCAGCAAGCAGUACGAGCCCGACCUAGACACUCACAGAGAGGGCAACACGGAUCCCAUAGAAAUGAAUGGUCCACAUCGGUGGAACAUCUCUACCAUCGUAGCUGGGAUGAGCGUCAUUCUGCUGAUCCUAACAGUGCUGAACCUGGGGUUGUUCUUUAAGCUGUGGGCCAUGGAGGACGUGGCCACCCGCAUGUAUCUGAGCACCAAGCAACGCCUCCGGGAGAGGACCGAGCGCAGUUUUGCCCCUGACUUCUUCCCUGGACCGGCCCCGCAAUACAGGACCAGAGAGGAGACUUUGCUGCUGAAAGCAGUACUGCAGGACUCCAUCAACCUACUGGAGCAGCUCCGCAGAUCUCUGUCGCUGCUUCAGCAGAAAUUUGUAACCAACAGAACAGCAAUCCUGCAGUGACGCUGUCACACCUGGGGAUCUCACUGCGCCCUAUGAUCCCUGGGGUUGUAAAGGCUACAGGGACGCGCCUCUGAGGACCCUCUCUCGUAACCAGGGGCAUUGCUAUAGGGACGACCCACGCACAGACUUGUUACUAAGCGCAACAACGGUAUUAAAGUCCCAGGGCCUUUAAUAGUGUGGUACCAGGUAGAUGGAUGUUUUUAUAGCUCAACUGUUGGCACUGCGGAGGAAGAAAAUUGUUCACUGCGUACCCCUUCCAUUGCCAAGCCAAUCACAGCAGAUGUGAGCCAAUGGUGUGAUGAGUGCAGCAGAUGAGCGCCAAUGUUUUGAUAUAAAUAAAUGUCAAUGUAAGGAGUCCAUUAAAUAUUUUAACUUUU